AUGAGAAAGAAGCCAGUGGAGAGUAACUUCAUUAGCAAAGUCAUGUAUGCCAUCGUGAAGUGCAGCCCACUGAAAUGGUGCAUUAUGCCUUAUAGGGAGAUCCUCAGAGUUAACAUUUCACACCCAGGGCUACCUACCAACUCCACAGGAACCUAUGAAGAGACUUGGCAGAAGUAUGAAAGGCUAGGAGUAGUGGCGGUGGCCGAAACUGAUGGAUUGGAGCCUCGGGGCUUACAAAAAUUACUAGGAAUGGAUCCACUUUCUUCUCUCGCCUCCCACAGUUUCUGCUCAGCUGAGCCAGCAGCCUGGAGAGUGGAAGGGGCGGACACGGGGAAGUGUCUCUGUCCCCAUAAAGGAACCUUUGGGGGCUGCGCUCCUCACACCCGGAGUGGUGGUGAGAGGCGCACUGUCGUGAUACUCAUGACAUGCCAAUUGAGCCCGGUGCUGGCUGGCAGCGCUGUGAUGAUCGGCUUCGGGUUGCUUAGUAUGCUGUCUUCCGGACCCUCAAACUAUGGCAAACAGGCCAACAGCCUUUUGCCCUUGGCCACCCGGUUGCCAGCCCGCGUAGCCUGGUUCCUCCAGGAACUCCCCUCUUUCUUGGUGCCCGCUGGGCUGAUUGCCUGGCAGCCCCAACCACAUUUCGGCUUGCCGGGGACCUUACUGCUUGGCCUCUUCUGCGGACACUACUUCCACAGAACAUUCAUUUACAGCCUUCUCACCAGAGGAAGUCCUUUUCCACUCAAACUACUUUUUCCAGGCCUUAUUUUCUGUACCGUGAAUGGCUUCCUUCAAGGACACUAUUUAAUUUACUGUGCUGAAUACCCUGAUGAAUGGUUCACUGAUGUCCGGUUUACUUCAGGUAUCUUUUUAUUUUUCUUGGGAAUGACAAUCAAUAUUCACAGUGAUUAUUUACUACGCCACCUCAGAAAGCCUGGAGAAACCUCCUAUAAGAUUCCACAAGGAGGACUGUUCACUUACAUAUCUGGAGCCAACUACUUUGGUGAAAUAGUGGAAUGGAUUGGCUAUGCCAUGGCAACCUGGUCAUUACCAGGUUUGGCCUUUGCCUUUUUCUCACUAUGUUUUCUUGGAAAACGAGCUCGUGAGCAUCACAGGUUCUAUCUCAAGAAGUUUCAGGACUACCCUAAGUCUCGGAAAGCCAUCAUUCCUUUCAUAUUUUAAAAUCACAAAUGACAGACAAAAACAGAACAUUUUAAAGCUGCUGAACUUGAUAACUGAGUUCCCCUAUAAAUAAUAAAGUUAAUGAUGAUGAUGAAAA